GCCGCGGAAAUGUGGUGACAAAGGGUAUUCUGAGAGCUCUCAUCUCGCUGGCGGCCCUCACAGCGCUGGUACUCGUGUUCUACAGCUAUUCAUCUCCGCCAAUUCCUCGCCCACAUGUUGGCGGGUAGGGAGGCCAAUUCGUCCAACCAAAGACCGGUGGCUCCCUAAAUGGUGUCGACCCCUUACUCAACCCCGAGAAGGGACUUCCAUGAAAGCUGUGGGGGCCCGGCGAGGAAGAUAGAAUAUCGGUGACAUUACUAUCGCUGGUAAGAAACAAUGAACCCGAGGGGAUGGUUCCCGCAAUGAGGGACCUGGAGAGAACUUCCAAUCACAAAUGCAAUUACCCCUGGACCUUCUUCAACCAUGCGGAGUUCUCCCAGGAGUUUAGGGAGAGGACACAGGCGGAGACCAAGGCCGAGUGCAGAUACGGUUAGCUUUCGUCCUAUCUCUACGGCGUUGCUUUUGCUCUUCUCCCCCUAUAGAGGCUGACGGUGGGUUCAAUCGUGUGGCGUAGAGGUUAUCUCAAAGGACCAUUGGGCAAUCCCUUCCUGGACCAACAACGAUCUCAUGGCAGAGUCUGCCAAGCUGCUGGAAGAGAAGAAGGUCCAUUACUCCCGACUCAAGAGCUAUCAUCAAAUGUGCCGGUGGAACUCUGAAAGGUUUCACGAUCACCCUGCAUUGAAGGAUAUCCGGCGGUACUGGCGUGUUGAGCCCAAAGUGGAGUAUGUUAUUCCCGCACCGAAUCCCUUCCGGCCCCGGUUGCGAAGACGUGAAACAGCUUCUUCUGCGAUGUGGAUUACGACGUGUUCAAGUACAUGGACCCCAACAACAAACAUACGGUUUCGUCAUCAAGAUCUGCGACCCUCCCGAAUCCAUUGAGACUCUAUGGCCACAUACACUCGAGUUCCUGGCGGAGAACCCGGACUACUUGCACCCGAAAUACGCCAUGGCCUGGCUGACGGAUUCCAAGAACAGGCCAGACCAUCAAAAGUCUCGGUACUGGACCUGCCAUUUCCGGAGUAAUUUCGAGAUUGCGGACAUGAACCUUUGGAGGAGCAAAAAGUACAGGGAUUACUUUGAUCACCUGGACCGUCCCGGUGGAUUCUUUUACGAGCGAUGGGGUGAUGCGCCUGUCCGCAGCAUCGCCCUUGGAUUAAUAGAGGACAAGAACAGGAUUCACUGGUAGGAUCCAGCUGCCGCGCAAGAGCUUGGAUCGCUCUGGGAGCAAAGCCUAACAGUUACAGGUUCCGGGAUAUCGUUACCAACACAUACCACACUUGAAUAGCCCCUCGUCACCAAAGUGCAGCUGUUGCGAGGCGGGCCGAUUUACGGACGGAACAGGUCUCGACCAGGAAGAGUGUAGAGCAAAUUCGUUCGAGUUUGCGCACAUGGAUUAUACUGUUGAAUUUCUGGAGAGGGAAAAGAAAGAAAAACCAAUAUUGAAGCUCUCUCCUCGUUAUCCACAUUGUAAUUGUUGGCCCCCGAUGUCUGCUUUUUUUUUUCCUUUGUUUUUUUUAUGGAUUUAUUUCAUUUUUUGGAGGGGGCGAGAGGCUCACCACGGCAUUGAAUAGGAUUUUUCGGUAUUUCUUUUUUUUCUUACGUUUUUUUAUCCUUUUUGUAUCGAAGCAUGAUGGCACGAUUUUGCAUCAGGUGCGGAGGGGGGGAAGUAUCACACGGUACUCAUUGUCGAGGGUAUUAGAAUUCUACAUCAUAUGACGGAUAAGCUGGGUGUCUGUAGACCUUUUUUCUUUUACAAACCAUUUUCUAGAAUACUGGUACUCAAGUUGCGAUGCGUGGUAUGCUAUCCACAUACCGCUAUCCGUCCUUCAAUCCAUCCUCGUACUUGGGUACGGUACUGCACAAUCCCACCCUGCGCCCGAACCAGUGCCGGCUCGGGGGUUGGUACUGUAUGAUGAUAGCAUAUGCCGCCUGUAGCACCAUCCUCGUACAAUACCAGCAGCAACAGUACGAUCACUAAAAACAAAAAAUAAAGGUCUAUCAUCAAAGUUACCCAGCAAGUCACCGAAAAAACGAAAACAUUACAGAGUCACAGUAACUCGAUGCGAGCCUAUCCACAGACAAAACGCGCCACCCCCCGUUUCCCGCGCAAACCACCAAUCUUCCACAAGCGCCUAUACAUGAUAGCAACAAAGGAAUGAGAGAGAGCCCAACCCGGAGAUUUACAUGGUCGAUUCUUUUCUUUUUUUCCAGGUUACUACUAUACAGGAACCACAAUGAUUCCAUCAUAUAGAAAACCGAAAACCCCCACCGUAAAUGGGAGAGAUGGGGUCUCGAAACACACGCCAAGACGGUCAGUUCUUACGACAAAUUAUGGUGGAUACCGGUAUGGGAUGUUGCAUUCAAGCCGCGACGAACUACGGCAUGCAGAAUACUAUGGGUAUCUAAAUUUGCGAUGCAUAGACCAUUGGUACUCUAGCUCCGGCCAGGUCGGAUCCACGCCCCCUCCGCCCCACCGACCACCCAUCCGUCAGAAUUCUGGACUGUCAGCAAACCUAAAUUAUUGAAAAAGGUUCGUGCUCUAUGUACAGUACACCCGUCCGUAUACCACGUCUGUCCGGCUGUCCGGCUGUCUAUUGGCCAACGUAAUCACCGCCAGAGUUUUCCAGGAAAGGGUAUUUGCUUCGGGGGAACCUUUUCCUUCCUUCCUUCCUUCUUUCUUUCUAACCGGUACAGCACAAUACGGUACAGUAGUAUCAUACGACACAAAAUUAUGGGAAAAACCUAGGUAUGAUACUUUACGUUUCCUUUGUUUUGUUUUUGUUUUUCGUUUUUGCCCGGGGUGCACAGUACUGUAUAGUAUUAUAAUAACGGUUAUGAGUGAGUACCAUAGUGUGCGGUCAAAAAAAAAAAGCAACUCAUCAUCCUCCCAUCAUAUAAAUAAUACGGUUGCGAGUAGAGUAGAGUACCGUACUAUGAUAUCUUACUAUGUCGUAUAUACCAAACGUGCAGAUAAAGGCGCAGUGUUAACAAUCAUUGUCAAUCUACGCUGUCAGAUGAGUGUGGCUGUGUUAGAACCUACACAUUGGCCUGCAACAACAAAAAUUUUAUUUUAGCAUAGCCAGAUAGAUAGCGUUCUAGAACAUACUCUAAAUAGCUUAGGAAAUAUUUUCCAAACUCCAAUGACCUCUGUAGGCUGUUUUACGACGAGAGGGUAAUGUAUCUUGAAAAUAAAUUUCUUUUCAUAGAAACCUACUAGAGCCUUCUAGCUAUCUGAAGAACCUGAUUUCAAAUCAAUAGAUCAUAUGUGUCAUGAAUUAUAACUAAGUAAGGUAGAUUUCAGAUGUCUUAAGAUUCUAAGCUAUCUAUUAUUGGAUUUCACACCUAACUGAAAUAGGAGUUAGGGGUUUCACAUGGAAAGCCAUAGUGGGUAUUAGUUAUUAUGUUUACCUGUUGUAAAGAGAGCUCCCUGAGGAAGAUGGAUCUUAAGAAUGUGACCACAUCAAAAUUCAAAUUGCUCGAAGACAGUACUUGUAACCGGAGCUGGUACUUGGAUACUUAGUUUGUUUUAUGUUUUGUUUUAAGUAUCGGUUGAUACUUAGUUUGUUUUAUGUUUUGUUUUAAGUAUUAGUUGAUACUUGGUUAUUUUUAUGCUUUGAUUGAGUAAGAACGUGAGUGAGAAUUCAUGAUAAUACUCAAACACAUGUACUUAAAAAGACUGCCAUUUUCCACUCUGGAAACGGCAGACUUCAACAGAUGGUAUUUUUAAUAUACUUAGUUGAAUGGUUA